CACCAUCUCAAGUAUACGACGUCAUGAACCAAGGGCCCUUGGCAAACAACAGCCCAUUACCACCUACCCCUCAUAUCUCAUAAAUCAUAAUCUCCUCAAUAUGCCACAAAUUCCCAGGAGUAAAUUGCGAGUUUAACAAUAGCAGAAAAUCUUCACAUCCCUGUAAAACCAGCUAAACAACCACCAAAAUGACCGAACCGCUUAAACUCGCCGUCUUCAGCACAAAAUCCUACGACAAAACCUACCUCGACACCGUCCUCACAACCCACCACCAAUCCCUCUGCACAAUAACCUACCACUCCUUCCCAUUGAGCCUCGAAACCGUCGCCCUCGCCGCAAACCACACCGCAGUCUGCGCCUUCGUAAACGACACCUUGGACGCCCCUGUCCUCCGCGCCCUCCACGCCUCAGGAACCCGCGUAAUCCUCCUCCGCUGCGCCGGCUUCAACAACAUCGACCUCCCAACCGCCGAAGAACUCGGCCUAUUCGUCGCCAACGUCCCCUCCUACUCCCCCGAAGCCGUGGCCGAGUUCGCAGUCGCGCUGCUGCAGACACUCAACCGGAACAUCCACCGCGCGUACAACCGCGUGCGCGAGGGCAAUUUCAACCUGGAGGGGUUUCUGGGAGUGACGUUGCGCGGGAAGACGGUUGGUGUUGUGGGCGUGGGGCGGAUCGGGCUUGCCUUUGCGAAAAUCGUCAGCUUCGGGUUUGGGUGUAGGCUUCUUGCGUCGGAUCCGAAGCCCGGGCUGAGCGCGGAGGAGUUUCGGAGGGACUAUGGAGGGGAGUUUGUAUCGCUGGGGGAACUGUUUGAGCAGAGUGAUGUUGUGAGUUUGCAUUGUCCGUUGACGGCUGGGACGAGGCAUAUCAUCAAUGCGGGGAAUCUGGAGCGCAUGAAGAAGGGCGCGUUGUUGGUGAAUACGUCGCGCGGUUCGUUGGUUGAUACCAGGGCUGCGAUUGAGGCGCUCAAGAGUGGCAGGUUGGCGGGGCUUGCGCUGGACGUGUAUGAAGAGGAAGGGGCGUAUUUCUAUAACGACCAUUCGCAGGAGAUUAUCCAUGAUGAUACGCUGAUGCGGUUGAUGACAUUUCCGAAUGUGCUUGUUUGUGGCCAUCAGGCGUUCUUUACACGCGAGGCGCUGACGGAGAUCGCGGGGACGACGUUGGCGAAUUUGGAGGAUUGGGCGACGGGGAGGCAUUGCGAGAAUUCGCUGGUGAGGGAGGGCCAUUUGGUUGUUCCUGAGGGAAAGGAGCCUGUGAGGAUUUAGCGCAGGAAACAAAGCAUUUGGUAUCCUGAUAUAUACAUUCAGUAAUAUUAUUAACGUGACAACAAAACAUACUCGAAAAUCACAGAGAGGCCUCAAAUUUUCCGUCCACUUCUUGGAUCUUCGCAACCGCACGCUUGUAUCCUUCCUGGUCCUCAAGAGCUUCCACGUACUUCCCCAGAU